AUGUCCAAACAAACUGUGAUCAGCGCGCUAAUCCGGUUGGUCACAGUUCAUGGAUUGCCUUUCGCCGCCGUCGAAUGGGAAGCCGUCCGGGAUUUGACGCAACCGGUUCUGAACGUGUUUAAAACCGUGAUCAACCGCCGUAACAUCGUGGAGCCCACCCUCUCCAACGCCAGCCUGGUGGUCAUCAAGGCCGCCAACGUCACCGGCAAGUACAGCUGCGAGGUCUCGGCAGACGCACCCUUCCACACAAUGAUCGUGUCCGGUGACAUGGAGGUGAUAGAACCACCGGUGGACAAACCGUCCAUAAUUGGAGUGCAAACGAGGUACCGUCCGGGGGACAUUCUGCGAGGCAACUGUUCCUCCCUCCACUCGAAACCUGCCGCCAACCUGUCCUGGUCGAUCAACGAUGUGCCGGUGCUGCAACAGCAAACCAGACAAUACAGAUCUAUCAAGGAUGAAAGUACGGGACUGGAGACUUCGGUGCUGGGGAUCAACGUGAUGGUUUCACACAGUCACUUCAACAAAGGAAAGCUGAAGCUCAAGUGUGAAGCUUCGAUCCACCAGAUUUACCACGAGAGCACCGAGCGGCUGCUGGAGGAGGACCGACCGCGAAUACUGGCCACCGGGACGUCCAGCGGGCAGCACAACAUGAACCUGUUCCAGAGCAGCGUGUACGACGGCGAGCUGACCGACCAGGGCGAUCGGUACCUCACGAUGAACGGGUACAAAGCAGACAAGGCCUCCCCGCCGUCGUCCUCGUCCGCCGGCAUGGUCGUCGGCUCGUACGUCAAAGUCUGCUGGAUCACCUUCUACGUGUGCACGAUCUGCACCGUCCUGCUGUACUCGCUGCGCGUCGGAAUCUCCUGAUUGUACAACCUGAAGGAAAUCAUCAAAAUAUAAAGCCCUCCCACACUUCUCUCCCUCUCUCUCUCACACUCUGUCCCCGGAGGAAAUGUUUUAUACUUUCUGCGUUCGGUAGCUUGUUCUUUUCGGCUGUUGUUGAGCUGAGUUGAAGGAAGAAAAAAAAACACUGUGAAAUUAAAUAGAGGAAAACAAACACAAAUAAAAACUAGUCGACACUUUUAGAGAGCGAGUAACAUUGGGAAAGGG